AUCACCCGCCUUAUCAAAACUAUUAGUGUUCUCUUACACAAUACACAUUCUCAUUAGUUUCCACUAUGGUUCGUGUUGUUUCGAAAACUUUUGAUGAAUCUAUUAUAAAAAAUGUCUAUGUACACAAAAACGCUGUAGACGCUCAGGUGCAGGCAAUAAUUGCCAAUAAUCCAGUGUAUAAACCGAAAACAUUGGCCAGCUGGUUGGUGAAGACUGUUAUGGUCAUUGACCUCACCACACUUGCGGGUGAUGACACUAGGUCAAACGUUACAAGACUAUGUGUAAAGGCAGCAAAUCCUCUGUCACCUGAAGUUUUACAAAAGCUGGGACUACAAAAAGGCAAAGUGAGAACUGCUGCAGUAUGUGUCUACCCCAGCAGAGUUGCAGAUGCACAUGGUGUCAUUCAGCGAAUGGGCGUUGUGAAGGAAAUUCAAAUUGCUUCAGUUGCGACAGGCUUUCCAUCUGGCCUAUAUCCUCUCUCCUCGAGACUUCUAGAGAUCAAACUGGCUAUAGCAGACGGGGCCAAUGAAAUUGACGUAGUGCUAGACCGUAGUUUAGUGCUCUCUGGCAAAUGGGAUGUCCUAUUUGAUGAAGUUCUUCAAAUGCGAAGGGCUUGUGAUGGUGCUCAUAUGAAAGUCAUUUUAGGCGUUGGUGAACUGGGAACAUAUGAUAAUGUGUACAAAGCGUCAAUGGUGUCAAUGUUAGCGGGAGCUGAUUUCAUCAAGACUUCGACAGGGAAAGAAGCAGUCAACGCUACGUUGCCGAUCGGGCUCGUCAUGUGCAGAGCCAUUAGAAAAUACUAUCAGAUGACUGGUUUCAAAGUGGGGCUAAAACCAGCAGGCGGUAUAAAGACAGCUCAAGACGCCGUCAACUGGCUGAUUCUCGUUCACAGCGAACUGGGUCCUGAGUGGCUCUCUCCAAAGUUAUUCCGCAUCGGUGCUUCCAGUUUACUCGAUGUAAUUGAAGAUCAUUUGCUCAAAAAUGACACUAAGCUCGUUUAGAAAAACAGCAAUGAAUAGUUAAGGCAUAUUUUGUUGUGUAUUUUGGUUAUACGUAAAGUAAUAGAUCAGUGAAUAAAUUUAAUUCACAAACAGGAAUUUAAUCGAUAAAAUAAUUGUCGAAAAUGCAUUGAUAUUGUUAUUCUACAAGUAGCUAAUAUAUAUUUCUAUAAUAAUUGUAUAUGUAACAUUUAAAAAAAAGUUACGUGGUGAACCACAUACCAUACUGUCACUUUUUUUCACUGCAAAUUUCAACAAACCAUUUUGACAGAUCUAUUUUUUUCUUAUUUAAAAGUUUUAUAAAUAUAGUCAGUUAAAAAAAAUACUUACUAUUUUUAU